CCGCUCACUGAACCACUCCCUGGUAUCUUGCCAACUGGGGCGCCCAUCUUUUCAAGUGGCAUGCACAUGCAUCAGACAAGCUCGCUGAACUUUUCGCGCAAGCCAACCUCAUCGUUCGCUGUAGGAGGUUCCGCCUCGAUCAGCUCUAAUAGCUUCCCUCCUCUAUCUGCUAAUGUUUCCGUAAAGGAGCGUGGCGCAUCGACAGAAGCAUUUGAACAUGACGUUGCAAAGUCAUCAGUAAUAUCAGGCUCAGGACUUAACCUAAUACCAGACAUAGUGAGUUGCUCUCGACUUCAGGUGAAAUGA